GAAUAUUCUAUUUUAUAAAAUAUAAUUUCAAGAUCUGUAAAAGCAGCAAAAUGUACCCGACCAACCACAAGACCCUUUUUGUUCUGGAUCACACCCCAUACUUUGGAAUAUCCUGUGAAAGUCCUAUCGAAUUUGGAUUCUUGAAGGGAAGAACCGAUUUUAUACCACCUAUCUCGAAGUCUCUAUGGACUUUGGGCAUUGAAAGUGCCGUAGAGUAUUCCAGGAUGGUGUGGGAUUUAUUUCCUACAGGAAAAUUGAUAAGGUUCUUUGCAAGUGACAACCUCGUCCAUAUUCUGAACACAUGGAGCUCGGCUCAGCAAUCAAUAAGUCACAUUAUGAAUGGAUGUGCUGUGGUUGGAGCCCCACCCUCAUCAUCUUCGAUAAGCCCGUCUCCAGAUUAUACAGUAUUACAUGGUUUAAGGGCUGCUAUAGAAGGCAUGUGUGAGCCCACAGAAUUUCAAAUUGAAAAAAUUAAAACUGGUAGGGGAAAACUACUCAAUAAAUGUAGAGUUAUUUGUAUAACCUCUGCCAGAGAUAAUAAAAGUAUGAAGAGAUUGGAAGAAAUUUUUUUGACAGUGUUAAAUCAGCAAAAUAAAGUUGUAUCUGGCAAUGAUACUUUACUACGAAUAAGCCAUUGCCAUCUGAUUAUUAUUAAUACUUUUCCAAUAAAUAAUAUGGAAUCCUCGGUGAACGGUCAUCCGGCGAAACGUCUAUCGGCAAUCUUGACAACAGAAGUCCAUUCAAUCAAAGCUCCUCAAAUCCCCAAUAAAUUGACAUCGUUGAUUUUGGAACAUUACGAUUUGGCUAGUACUACUGUUACAUGUAUUCCAAUGAAAGAAGAUCCAAACGCAAGCUCUUCGGCUUAUUAUGAUGUUGAAAUGUUUCACUCUAGUACAGCUCAUGUGCCUAUUUUGAAAGGGAAUCCUUUGGAUUCUGCAGCUAUUAGAGCCAUCAAAGAAGGGUUGGAAUAUGAAACGGUCAUCCUCAAAUGGUGUACACCAAGAAGAGUAACAGGCAACGAGUUACACAACUGCAUCGCCAUGAAUCGAAUCACACCUGUUGCCGUCAAUUCCAGACCAUCUUUAUGCUUAAUAAAAUUUCUUCUCAAUGGUCAUUCAGUUAUGUUGGAAAUGCCUCGAAAAGGUGAUGACAAAAUUGCUACUCACUUUUUGGAAGCCCAUGGAGGGGAGAUUUUUAUACAUAGUUUGCACAGUGUCAGGUCAGUCUUGGAGGAUCCUCCAUCUAUAUUAGAAGGUUGCGGCGGGAGAGUUACUGAUUAUAGAAUCCAAGAUUUUGGAUUGCUGAUAAGACAAAAUACACUUGUGACUAUCACCAAUAAAAAUUCACAGGAAAAACCUUUGGAAAAUGUUGUCGGACGUCUAAAUCGCCAAACUAAAUAUUGGCCUUUAACAAUCAGCUCAACACUGAUUUUUAACCUAAAACAGGCAAUGUGGAGUGAACUAGAAAGAUUCCUAAAAAGCAACCUUUAUUCUGAAAACCACAAGGUAGUAUACCGAUGCUUGAUGGAGUGUCUCAAUAAUUUGAAUUUGGACGAAGACGCAUCGAGCGAAAAAUUGGAUUUUACCGAGGCACUUAAUCAGCAAGAGAAUGUCGGUGCAAACAAAUAUGAAAACGCUCAAGGUGCUUCAGUUAUUAGAGCUACAACUGAUAGUCCUAUGUCUCCUCCGCCUUUGGCCAAUAUUCCUGAAUCCUCUUCACAAAACUCUUAUGCAGGCAAGACUUUGUAUGAGAUUUUUGAUAUUAUAGAAAUAGAAAAGGUAAAAAUAUAUAUUUUUUAUAACGUGUUGGCCCGAAGAAAGAUUGGCAGCAUAUGUAUAUUUUUUUUAUUGCAAGGGCACAGGACUUUGAGGAAUGUUUUCAAUACCAAAUCUGGAUGCAAAUUAUUAGCCUGUGUGUAUUUUAUUUAA